AUGUCGAGCAGAAGAUCAUCACGUUCAAGACAGUCAGGGAGCUCAAGAAUCUCUGACGAUCAGAUUUCCGAUCUUGUUUCUAAGCUCCAACACCUCAUCCCUGAACUCCGCCGCCGCCGUUCUGACAAGGUGUCAGCAUCUAAGGUACUACAAGAGACUUGCAACUACAUCAGGAACUUACACAGAGAGGUUGAUGAUCUCAGUGACCGUUUGUCGGAACUCUUGGCCUCGACGGAUGACAACAGUGCCGAAGCAGCCAUCAUCAGGAGCUUGCUUAAUUAUUAA